AUGGCUAAACUGCGGGAAGACCCAACGGGCAAGCUCUCAGUUCAAGGUCAAGCGCCCCCCGUCAGCCUCCUAAACAACCCCCACGCAAGCAUCAGUCUCAGCAGCAGGCGCCGCAGCUCACCCGUGGCGCCUCUCCAGCGAUUCGACUCGCUCAACAAGACUGCCAACUUUUGCACAACGACGGUCGCGGUCAUAUCACCACCGCCGACCCCUCAUUCGCCUCGCUCCGCCCACAAGCGAGACACGCUGGCCCUGCCGCUCCGCCUGCGCAGCAACUCUGGCCUCUCGCUGCACACAAACUCGGCGGCCUUCAGGCAGUACACCGACUACAGCAACCUGGAUGGCUCGCCCAUCACCCCGAGCUUCUUCAACCAGGACACCACCACCACCACCUUUGCCAUCGACUCUGCGUUUAGGCCGAGGACGAGCGGCCAGGACACCCCCGGCGGAGGAGAGGUGGUUUCGUCGUCGAAUCUGUACAGGAACAGCAAGAGGGAGAGCGUGGCGAGCGUCUUGACUUCGGCGCCUUCGAGGACUGGGUCGUGUCCCGUGCUUUGCGUGCCUGAAUUCUUUACCAAAGAUGUCAUCCAGAUUGUACUGCAGAGUCAGACGACGUUUGACAGGUUGAUGUGGUACGCCGAGAAGCACAAGUCGACGGAUGGAAUGGAGUUUCUAGCCAAGCUCAAAGAAUACCAACAAUCAGUAAAUAGCGUCACGGCCAGCCUAUCCCGCAUCAGCACAGAAAACACCUCCUUCGCAGCCACCACACCGCUGCACCUCCCCUCCAGCACGUCUCGGCACCUCAACGCCGACGUCAAGCACAUCACCGCCUCGGUCCUGCCGGCGCUCGAGAACGUCUUUCGGGACGCCAAGGCCCACGUAGAGCAGCGCAUCAUCCGCGACCUGUACCCGGGCUUCGUCAAGAACCAGCUCUCGCUCGCCACCGAGGCCGCCCUCGCAACCGCCAACAGGGGCUCGUUCCAGUCCCGCUUCCCCGGCCUGGCUGCCUCCUUCUGCCUCACCGAUCCGCUGCUGUCCGACAACCCCAUCGCGUUUGCGUCGGAUGGCUUUCUGGGUCUGAGUGGCUGCCCGCGCGAGGAGGUGAUCGGCCAGAACUGCCGCUUCCUCCAGGGAGGGGUUAUGCAGAACCUGGGCGUGACCAGGAUACGCAGUGCAGUCAGCGCAGUCAGCGCGGGCAGUGCUGGUAGCGUGGGUAGCGCGGGCGAGGGAGCGAGUCACGGCGCUGAAGGCAAGGUUGAGACGGUGCUCAACUACACCCGAGACGCAGACGGCAACCUCAAGCCCUUUUGGAACCUGCUCUUCGUCUGCCCGCUGAGGACCAGCACCGGCAGGGUGGCGUACUACCUCAACGCCCAGAUCAACAUAUCCGAGGCGGUAGGGUCCGACAAGGAAGUGCUCGAGAUAUUGAGCGUGAGGCCACCAGAGUCCGAGAGGCUACCCCCCUCAACAUCAUCAUCGUCAUCAUCAUCCCCCAUCCUCGGCCUCGGCCUCGCCACCACUGCCCCCUCCUACACCGGACGGUUCAACACUAGCCAAGAAUCCAUGGAAGCCGCGCAGCAGCAGCAACAGCAACAACAGCAACAACAACCAAGGCGACGCUCCACAACCCGCGGCUUCAGCUUCAUGAGCUUCCGUAAAACCCACAACUCAGACGGCAAGGGCUCGCGCGCACAAUCCCGCGCAUCCACCUUCCCGGAGCAGGUCUCCUCCUCAUACCCAGGCCCUGACCAACUCCACCCUCCGCCGGCGUCCACAUCCGCCAGCUCCAGGAGCACAACGCCAAUCACCACAGCCUCCUCUACUCUAGACGUCACCGCAGCCACGUCACAACAACCAUCCCCAGACCACCCGGGCCCUUACGCCCGGCACAUGGUGCUCGAGUGCACGACCGACGAGAAAGCGUCGCGGGGCAGCAGCCACCGGCACCAGCUGCGGUGCGCGUUUGCAUCUCCGGGCGCGCUGGCGGCGCUGGGCCUGUCGUCCGUCGACGAGGUGCGCGACCGCGACGUCUUUGACGUGCUGGGCGAGACGGCCAUCGCCGUGUCCAAGCCGGUGCGGCGGAGCAUCGUGUCCAGGGUCGCGGGCGGGGAGAACGUGAGCGUCAGGCUGCGGGUUGGUGGUGGUGGUGGUGCGUUUUUGGGUUCUGCUCCUCCGUCGGCGGGCCAGCUUUCGGGCUAUCAUGGUGCUUCUAGUCCAGAUCCGCAGUGGAGCGUCGAGGCGGCGCUGGACCGGCUGACAGACUGGAGACAUGCGCACCACUCCGUCGACGACGUUUCGAGACACGGCCGCGAGGUCGCCUUCCACUGGACGCCGUUGAAGGAUGCUACCGGGUGCGUGCGCUGGGUGGUAUUGAUCGUGGUGCCUGUUCGGGUUAGGAGGGCGACAUGA